AUGACAAAUGGAAAUCUAAGCUAUCAUCUUUCGUGUUUUCAAUGGGGAGAAAGCCUCGAAAUCGUUCGUUCACAGCCAACAACUUUGGCAUUCUCGGAUUUGUUCGUGGCUUUGCUUGUGCAGCCUGUCGCUAUUGUCAUCCACGCACUAAAACACAGUGGAAUUUACAGUUGCGUUUCGCAUGUAUUGUCGUUUUCUUUGAACGAAUUUGGAAUCGGUCUUUCAUAUUUAACCGUGUGUUUCACAAUAUCAUUUGAAAGACUGUUUGCCGUCUGCUGGCCACUAAAACACCGAGUAACUGCAACCAAGUCGAUACUGAAGCGAAUAUUGUUCGUCCAAGUAACUUCAUGUCUUAUCGGUACUGUUAUAUUUACUUUAAUCGUAUCGCCAAAGUUAUUGCUUUUAUUCCAAUCAAGAUCCAUUGUAUUUGGAACCGUAUUCAUACUGGUCGUGUAUGUGUAUAUUUUUGUUGUGAUUAUUAAAAGAUCCAGAACCAUGAUCAAGUUUCGUGCGACAAAAAAUGGUUUGAAAAGUGUUCCAGAAAAAACCCCGGAGAAUAGUGUUUCCCAAUCAUCGAAGAAUACGCCCCAUACUGAUUCUGUGCGGCUGAGUGACCCAUUAUACAGUAUAUUUGAGGAUUCCAAGUGUGAGGUCAAUCGCUCCAGCAACGAACCACGAAAUCUAGGCAAGCAAAAGCAAAGAAUACUUCGCAUAGUAUCCCAGUAUUCCAUUCAAAACCCACAGGAGAUUUCCCCUCAAGAUUCUCAUCAGCGUAUUUCGCCAGAGACUGCGACCCAUGACUCUGGUUUUAACGGGAACAAAAUUCCGCAGAAGAAACCGCAGUGUCCGUUCAAGGCAUGCGCGGUGUUCCAGAAAGCCAUGUUGAAAUUGAAGCAAGAGCUUCGAGUCUGCAAAACAAUGGCGCUGGUUGCUGGAGCUUUAGUGUUAUGCUUCCUUCCCCGAGUAGUGCUUAUUGAAUGUGCAACAGCUGGCGUGAUUACAAUGAAAACAUAUUAUGUCCAUCUUUCGCCGUGGAUAGAUGUGCUGGCUUUUGCAAAUUCAUCACUUAAUCCCUAUAUAUAUUUCUUUCAUAAUAAAGUCAUAACUGAUGGGGUGAGGAAAAUUUUAUUUGGCAAAAACAAAUUAAGGAUGCAAAAACUGAACUGAUGAAUGAAGGAGGAGUAAAAGUAUGAAUGUUUAGACUAAAUGUUCUAAAAUUAGACUGGUGGGCGCGUCAUGCUGACCGCUGGUGCACUGAGAAGCGUAAUAAUGCUUGCUGCGAAAAUUGCAUGAAAUAUAUAAAUGCGCCACUAAUCACUAUAGAAAAAGGGAAAUUGUCUGCAUUUCUAUUUCCUAAACGUAAAGAGACAAACCAUUGCGUGGAUGUUUUGAGUGGAUACUUGCAGAAAUCCUAAGAAAAAUUUAAGCAACCUUGGAGGAGAAAAUUCUUCAAGCAUCCAUCGAUCGUAUAUAUAAGAGAUAUCACCGCCCGCCAUAUUUGCCCGAAAAGGGCCUGCGGAGGAGGUAGUAUAUAAGAGUAAAAUACUGUAACAUGCCGUGACAACCCUUCGCAUGAGACGGAAAAUACGAACACCUCAUUUGUGAAGGUUACGCAGGGUGGCAAGACCUGCCUUGAAUAUAAAAACAAACAUAUCUUCAUUUAGUAUAAGAUAACGGACGAUUUAAAUCAUAACUGUUUUCAUGAAGGUAAACUCAACCUAAAUAUAUUAUAAGAUCCAUUAUGAAAUAUGUAACUAAAUAUAUUCAACAUACUCGUAUCGUUGCGGAUUUGGGACGUUCGACAUCUAUACGAUGAGAUGACCGGAAAAAGGAACUACAGCUAUACAUCACUUCCGGUUAGAUCAC